AACAUUGCUGAUAUCGUUCAGAGUAAUAUAGUAAGCUCACAUGCCAGCAUUUGAUCCCUGCUGCAUCCAGAGCUUGUCUGGAUGAAGUUAGCGUAGUAAACACCAAGAAUUUUCGACAAUGCAAGCGGGCCUUCUAAAAUAUUGGAGAUAGCAGUGCAAUAAACAUCUGUUGUAGCAUUUAUUGUCACCAGAACAAUAAUCUAAACUAUUUUUCCUUUUGAAGAGAGCAGACUUUGGUCAUCUAAUAGUUUAAAAAACACUUUUUGUGAUUGAUGCUUUUACAAGUUCAUGGAAAAAUUCGAUUGAGACAUUAAUCAUUACUUGAAACCGAAAGUAGAAUUUAUUCUUCAGCCAUUAAUCUAAUUAUAAAAUGCAAGUAAUCCAGUAACAACUUAGAAGCAAUCAUGAGCAACAAAGUACCAAAUACCAAAAAGAACUCUCUGAGAAUUGACUUUACUCCAAUUCCAGUCCAGGAUAAUGGAGAUCCUGAUCAGGACAUGGACGAUAAAGACACUAGAUGUGGAAUUGGUGGUUUCCAUCCUACUUGGUUACAAAAAUUCAGCACACCUAAAGCUUUCUUAGUAAAUCACAGUAUUCUUGGAGUUCUGCAAGGGGCUUUCUUCACAUAUCUUGUAGGCUGUUUGUCAACUCUUGAAAAGAGAUAUGCCUACGAAAGUAAAGUGACUGGUAUAAUAAUGAUAGCAGACGAAAUUAGCCCAAUAUUAUUCGGUGUUUUGUUAGGCUAUUUUGGCGGAAAAUCCCACAGACCUAGAAUUGUUGCCUUAGGUAUGGUUAUAGGAGUCGUCAGUUGCUUUGUAAUGUCUGUUCCAUACUUCAUGUAUGGUCCGAUUCGCGAAUUUACUUCUGAAAGUGUCAGGCAUGUUGUAAACAGGACAAAAUAUGAAUUUUGUGAUUUGAAAGAGAAAGAUCAUUUUUGCGAUGCCUCACCAACUUUUACUGCUGUGUCAAUACUGUUCUUUGGAAAUUUUUUGAAAGGCUUCGGAUCUUUAGCUUUUUACACUAUCGGCACAUCUUAUUUAGAUGACAGCGUAAAGAAGAAGAAUUCUCCAGUAUAUUUUGGAACUUUGUUCGCUCUCCGUUUAUUGGGACCCACUUUAGGAUUUUUGCUGUCCUCCCUCUGUUUGAAUUUCUACGAAGAUCCUUUUUACGAUCCUGGAUACGGAACAAAGGAUCCACGAUGGAUUGGAGCGUGGUGGUUAGGUUUCAUCAUUCUUGGUUUUGCCAUUUUUAUUUUCUCCCUCCCAAUGAUAUUAUUUCCGAAAAGAUUUCCUGGAAAGAAACUUUCCACGGCCCCUAAGAAGAAACAAGAAGAAACAAAAUCACCAAUAGAGCAACUGAAGGACAUGUGGAAAGCCAUGAAACGUUUGAGCAAGAACCCAAUUUUGAUUUGCCAUUAUUUAGGAGGAGUUCUAAGGUUAAAUGGAAUCGUAGGAUAUUAUGUAUUAUUACCUAAGUAUAUGGAAAUGCAGUUUAAGCAGUCAGCUUCCAAAGCCAGUCUUUAUUCAGGUCCUGCCGGUUUGGUCGGAAUGCAGCUGGGUAUCCUCUUCGGAGGGAUCGCAAUAAGGAAAUUCAAGCCAAGGCCAAGAGUGAUGACGGGAGGCAUUGUCAUUGCGGAAUCAUUCAGUUUCAUAGCCCUCAUCCUAUGCAUGCUCAUCACAUGCCCCGUGCCCGAGAUGACCGGUACAAGCUCGAUCACGCAGCCAGACUUCAAUCUUCAAAACGACUGUAACACUGACUGUCUUUGUACAACGAAAGUGUAUACUCCAGUAUGUGGACCAGAUGGAAAAUCUACCUAUUUCUCACCUUGUCAUGCUGGUUGUACAGGAUAUAAUAAGACGGGGAAAAAAGAGUACUUCACAGAUUGCAAAUGCGUACACAAUACUACUGGACAUAUCAUUACUGGAGAUGCAAGCAAAAGUUACUGCGGUUUUGAGUGUCAAUGGCUUAUAACAUUCGUAGUGGUUCUCAGUCUUGGGAAGCUAGUAUCAUCCACAGCAAGAGUUGCAAAUGCUUUAGUUACGCUUAGGUGUGUUGAUCCAGAAGAUAAGAGUUUGGCUCUGGGAGCAUUAUCUGGGGUAUUUUCUUUACUUGCCUUUAUUCCUUACCCUUUGAUAUACGGAGCCUUAACAGAUGCCAGUUGUCUGGUUUGGGAAGAAAGCUGUGGAAAGACAGGCAAUUGCUGGAUUUAUGAUGCCGACAAGUUCAGAUUCCUUUUACAUGGCGUGUCUGCUGGUUUUGUGUUUUUAGGUUGUGUUACGGAUGUUCUAGUAUGUGUUCUGAGCCCCAGGCUGAAAAACUUGUAUGAUGAUGAUGAAGAACCAAAGAAGGAAGUUGGUGGAGUGGAUGAAACGGAUAUUGUCAACAAUGGUGGAAUGCUGGGUAUUAUCAAGACAGGAGUAGCAAAUGGUAGUCUCAAUUCUUUAAAUGCAAGUGAAAGACCUACAGAAGAAAAGCAUUCCACGCCACUUUAGUACCUCAUUUCGAAACCUUUAGAGGUACUGAAUUGAAUCACUUCUUACAGUAUUGGACUAGAAAAAACAUUGUCAAUUAACAAGGCAUGAUGAUGACAAUCAGCUACUUUUUAUAAAUUGUCUUAAAAGCAUAUUUUUAAUGAAAUCGAGCUGAUUAUGUUUAUGCGUUUAUGUUAAUUCUGUAAGACAAAUGAAAUGUGAGGAAAGUACGAUUUUGUUAUAAAUACAAAGAAGAACUAAUGCACACAUAUCUUUCAAUUUAAUUUUAAAAGGAUUCAUGACGGUUGUAUUAAAUUUGAUUUAAAAGAAGUUUUCCUUUUUAAAAAGGUUAAUUAAAGAAUACUUUUAAAGAAUAAAAGGAAUAAACUAAUAUACACGAAGAAGAUACAAUCUUGAAAAUUAUCGUUUGUGUUUGGCAUUUGAUUUGCAAUGAACUAAUAACCUUUAUUCAUCUAAUAUCCUAUAAACAAGAUGAUAAAUGUUAAAUUUUGUAAUUAAUUUCAUCAUAUUAUGAAAUCUACUAUUUUUAGAAAUGUAUAAGAAGACGAAUCAAAUUUAUUUUCAAACAAAACAAUAUAUAUAUUUAUGUUUAUCAUAAUUAAAGUGAUAAUUGUGCAGUUUCUUUUAGAAAAAUACAUCAACAAAUGAUUUUAUUUUAUAAAAUGUUAGCAUCUUAGGAUCAUGUAAAUAUGUGUUUUUAGAAGGACACGGUUGUGAUUACGUCCAUAUUUGUAUGCAUAAUAUUUUUAAAUGUGAAUGUGGUAUGUCAUUAAUGAUUUUUAUACAAUUAUGAAUGUUGUCUUUUUAAUUCCUAUGCACAGUCAUGAUGAUGUUUUGCAUUCUAAAUUGAUUAUGCGUAGUUAUGUGUAAAAUGAUUUCUGUAGAUUUUAAAAAUGUAGUAAUAAAAAUUACUGAAACUAUC